AUGCACUUUUUUGGAUCUGCCGCAAAGGAGGCGCAAGCAGAGAGACGGAUUGAGGGACUGGAGGCCAGGUUGGAGGAACUAGUCACGCGAGUAUCCACCCUUGACAAGGACAAAAACUGCAUUAGUGACUCAGCAUUUUCUGGGGCUACACUCUCAUCUGGGAAUCUCACGGCGCCUCUGCAGCCUUCCACGCCCCAUGCUUAUAUAUCUCGUACCUCAGUGGAUAAUUUGUCUUCGAGGAUACGCUCGUCACUAACACCACCAACAGCUGUCAUCCCGCCCAGCACCAGUGAGGGCUAUGCGGACCUAGUUGACCGGCAUAUCAUUACUCUGGAGUAUGCAGAGGCUCUGCUGGCUGAGUUCACUCUUCACUAUGCCACCUUCUUUCCCUUCGUGGUCUUGGACAAGGGGAUCGAUGCGAACAAGCUCAGGCAAGAUGCCCCCUUACUUUUCCUGGUAGUUAUAUCUGUGGCACUCCGCUCAGACCCAUCUCUUCAGAGGCUGCUUGGGGAGGAGAUACAAGCACAAAUAAGUUCCAAGCUCAUAGGCCGCGGCGAGAGGAGCCUGCAGGCCCUGCAAGCACUCCUAAUUUAUGCAGCUUGGCGGCACUAUUUUGCCUCACCGAAUGGAGAGCGAGAUAUGUUUGCGAUGAUGCAACUAUGCGUCACCAUGGUUUACGAUUUAAGUCUUGAUAAAAGUAUUGCUGCAAGCUUGGCCAAGAAGCGUGCCCUCCUAGGAGCAUAUUGGUUGUCUGCCGGGUAUGUGUUACGGAAUUUCGCCAACGCCCCUUAA